AACAGCUUGUGAAGGGCAAUCUGAUUUUCUAUGAAGAAGACCUGAAAGAGGCUGGCAUUGAUGUCAAUGAAGCCUCAGUGUACUCAGGAUUGUGCACACAGCUCUUUAAAGAAGAAUGUGUUCUGUACCAAGACAAGGUGUACUGCUUCGUGCAUCUGAGCAUUCAGGAGUUUCUGGCUGCUGUAUAUGUGUUCCUCUCAUUCAUCAACAACAAUGAGAAUCUAAUGGCCGAACCGCAAUCAACGUCCAUUAACUAUUUUGCGCUGAAGCCUGAAGCUACUGUCUACAAGAGUGCUGUGGAUAAAGCCUUACAAAAUGAGACGGGAAACCUGGACCUUUUCCUUCGCUUCCUUCUGGGCCUCUCACUGGAGUCCAAUCAGAAGCACUUACGAGGUCUACUGACAAAGACAAGAAGCAGCUCACAGAGCCAUGAAGAUACAGUCAAGUACAUCAAGAAGAAAAUCAAGGAGAAUCCCUCUCCAGAGAGGAGCAUCAAUCUGUUCCACUGUCUGAAUGAACUGAAUGACCAUUCUCUAGUGGAGGAGGUCCAAAGCUACCUGAGAUCAGGAAGUCUCUCAGAAGACAACCUGUCACGUGCACAGUGGUCUGCUCUGGUAUUUGUGUUGUUGACUUCAGAAAAGGAGCUGGAUGUGUUUGACCUGAAGAAAUACUCCAGAUCAGAGGAAGGUCUUCUGAGGCUGCUGCCAGUGGUCAAAGCCUCCAGAGCUGUUCUGCUGUCAGGCUGUGGAGUCACAGAGGAAGGCUGUGCUUCUCUGGUCUCAGCUCUGAGGUCAAACCCCUCACACCUGAGAGAGCUGGAUCUGAGUAACAAUGACCUGAAGGAUUCAGGAGUGAAGCUGCUCUCUGCUGGGCUGGGGAAUCCCCACUGUAAACUGGAGACUCUGAGGCUGUCAGGCUGUCUAGUCACAGAGGAAGGCUGUGCUUCUCUGGUCUCAGCUCUGAGGUCAAACCCCUCACACCUGAGAGACCUGGACCUGAGCUACAAUCACCCAGGAGACUCAGGAGUCAGACUGCUCUCUGCUGAACUGGAGGAUCCACACUGCAGACUGGAAAAACUCAAUGUGGAACAUGGUGGAGAGAACACAAUGAAACCUGGGCUUAGAAAAUAUAUCUGUGAUCUCACACUCGACCUAAACACAGUAAACAGACUCAUCUCUCUGUCUGAGGAGAACAGAAAGGUGACAUGUAGGAGAGAGAAGCAGCCGUUUCCUGAUCACCCAGAGAGAUUUGAGGACUGUGAGCAGGUGCUGUGUAGAGAGGGUCUGACUGGGCGCUGUUACUGGGAGGUAGAGUGGAGUGGGAGAGGGGCUGAUAUUGGAGUGACAUACAAAGGAAUCAACAGGAGAGGAAGGGGUGAUGACUGUUGUCUUGGAUACAAUGACAAGUCCUGGAGUCUGUUCUGCUAUGACAACAGUUACACUGCCUGGUACAAUAAUAAUCUCACUAUAGUAGACGUCCCCUCCUCCAGCUCCCACAGAGUAGGAGUGUAUCUGGACUGGCCAGCCGGCACUCUGUCCUUCUAUAGAGCAUCCUCUGACACACUGACCCACCUGUACACAUUCUACACCACAUUCACUGAGCCCCUCUAUCCAGGGUUUAGGGUUCAUUAUGAUGAAGACUCCUCAGUGUCACUGUAAAUAAUAACCUGACAGACACACACACACACACACACACACACACACACUGGACACACAGAAUAGACACAUACAAACACUGGACACACAAACACAGGACACACACAUACACACACACACACACACACACACACACACACACA